UGUCCAGUGGAGAAGACUCGCAGCAUCAAUGCAUCGCGUGGAUGCAAUGGGAAUUCUUUCCAGACUGACUGGACUUGGCUGCAUUGUGAGGAGAACUUAUUCUGUCAGAGGACCCCUUUCACUGUGGCACGUGGACACUAACCACAAGUUGAUAAGGUACAACAUUGUCCUUUUUGGUGCAGUCGAUGGUUAUUCCAGGAAGGUGAUGUGUUUGGAGGCUGCAACAAACAACCUGGCAUCAACAGCUUUUGCAGCAUUCAAAAAAACAACAGAGAUACACGGCGUACCUUCAAGGGUGAGAGGUGAUCAGGGGGAAGAGAACGUGGACAUAGCCAGAUACAUGUUCACCAUUCGUGGAACUGACCGAGGGAGCUUCAUGUCGGGAAAAAGUGUCCAUAAUCAAAGAAUCGAGCGUUUGUGGCGGGAUGUCAGGACUUGUGUGACGUCAAAGUAUUACGAUGAACUUAAUCUCCUGGAGAUGGACCACCUACUUGAUGUGUCCUCUUGCAAAGAUUUGUUUGCAGUCCACCUGGCAUUCCUUACCAGACUUCAGAAUGACCUGGCUGCUUUUGUGGAAGGUUGGAACCACCACCCGCUCAGAACUGAAGGGAACCGAACCCCUGAGCAGCUCUGGCAAACAGGAAUGUUGCUUCAACCCGUCAACCAGCCGGAGAAUCUUGAGGAUAUCCAGGAGCCCGAUAUUGACUGGGAUGUUGCAGCUGAUUUUGGAGAUGAUGUGCAUGGAGCUGUGGUGGUCCCUGAGUUUGACUGCCCAAUAACUGAAGACCAGUUGGUGGAUUGUCAGAAUCUCAUCACUGAAAACCAAGAUCUGGACAGCAGGAGCUUGUACCUCAUGUGUCGUGAAUAUCUGGCUAAUGUGUAUGGUAACUGACUAAAUGUACCGGUAGAUUUAAAUCUUUGGUACAGUGUAAGUACUUUUAGUGCUUUGUACUCAAACCCCACAUGUAGUUCUUUUGUCAACACACCCUCCCAUGUGGUCAGUAAUUUUAUAAAAGUUAACGUUUGAAUACCCAGACACUUCUGAUUGUAAGAACUAAGUACAAGUGUAUGUGAAACAAUAAAAUGGGAAAAAGUUAAAAAUUUCAAGUAUUUUCAACCAUUUUGAAACAAAACAGCCAGCUUUAGCUGCAGAACAAUACGUCACUCAACUUGUGUUUGAGUUGUAAUUUAGUAGAAUAG